AUGGCGACUACUCAGCGACAGAAUUACCAUGGGCUUCAUUCUAGAUUUCAAGUAGUCAAUGAUCUGUCGGCGUUUGGGGCCAGCUGGCGACUACUUGCCCUUAUGCUCUGCUCCCCUGUGGGUACUGUCCUUUCGGGACUUCUCGUGACGAGAGUCAAAGUUGCUCCUUUGUAUAUUUUCUUAGUUGGUGCUAUACUGCAGACUAUUGGACUUAGCCUUAUGGGUACCCUGUCAGUCUCUAACAAUGGAGUACCUUCGGCUCAAUAUGGCUAUCAAGUACUUCUUGGGCUGGGUAUCGGAUUGACACUGAGUGUAUUGAUCGUUGCAGCCCCGCUAGCAAUCGAGGAGAAAGACACAGGUCUGUGUCUUCUCAAUGUCGUGUUAGAGGUUGCUAACACCGAUACAGCAGUCUUCGUUGGUGCGAUAACGCAAGCUCGAAUCCUAGGAGGAAGCAUCGGCCUAGCUGUAUGCACUAACAUACUCAACACCAAGAUCGAGUCAGCCUCUGGCUGGCUCUCAUCCAAACAGUUAAGCGACUUACUUCAAUCAGCGCAAACUAUCAAAACCUUGCCUCCAAAUCUACAGCAAAGCAUAAGGCAACUGUUCGGGAAAGGAUAUAAUGAACAAAUGCAGGUCAUGACAGCAUUUGGGGGUGCCGCAGUGCUCGCAGGUUUGAUGAUGUGGGAAAAGCAGCCACGAAAAAUGCACUAA